AUGUACACGGGAUUCCCGCACGACCGGCGCUUCAUGCUGUAUUCGAUCAGCAAAGACAAGAACAUGCACAUCGCCGAAUUCACCGAGAUGUGCCUGUUCACGACCGCCUUCGUGGACGGCAGCUCUUCCCCAUCAUCCCCGAAGAAAUUCACCGUCACGUACACCAAAGACCACGCGUUCGCGAACCCGGACCAGAAAAUCACUGACGCGACCCCCCUUGAGAUCGACCUCGCGCCGGACACGCACGGCCUCGAUGAGUUCCAGAUCACCAUGCAUUCGAGCCCGACUGUCAGCUACGACAUGGGCGCCACGUAUAACGAGUGGUUCAGCGCGCGCUUCGGCUACCAGGUCAAGCUGCUGUACAUCGGGGAGAAUCGGCGGAAGGUGCUGGGCAACAUGCCCCCGAGCGUGUCGGGGCGACAGCGUGACGAGCAGAGCCAGGGAACAGGCGCAACGGCCGGCGCGGGCGGUUCGUCGUGGCUAAGCAGCAUCACGUCGACGACCAGCAGCGUGGUCGGCAGUCUCCUCGGCAGCGCGAAGCAAUACGAAGGCGAAGACGCCGGCCUGACAUUCGCCGACGUGGCGCCGUACCUGGUCAUCAGCACGCGGAGCUGGGAGAACGCGCAGCAGCGCCUGCCCGCCGGCGAAUCCAUGGACAUAUCCAAGUUCCGGCCCAACAUCAUCGUCGAGGGUGCCGCCGGCGAGUUCGACGAGGACUUCUGGGGCGAACUGCAGAUCGGGAGUCAAGGGGCCAAGAUCGUGCUGACGCAGAACUGCGCGCGCUGCAACAGCCUCAAUGUCGAUUACAGCACCGGCAAGGUGGGCGAGAGCGAGGCCGGCAAGAUCCUGAAGAAGUUGAACUCGGAUCGUCGCGUCGACCCCGGUGCCAAGUGGAGCCCCGUCUUUGGAAGAUAUGGCUUCCUCGCAAAGGUCCCGGAGGGCAAGACCGCCGCCGAGAUCAAGGUCGGUGAUGAGGUCAAGGUCGUCCGCAGGAAUACUGCCCGGACUUCUUUUGGUAUGUUGCUUUCCCACUGCUCCAUAUCGUGA